CUCUCCUAAAAAGAAAAACAAAAGCUAUUUUUUUUCUGUUUCCAUAAGAAAAAAAGAAGAAGUAAGCAGAGGAGGAGAAAAAAAGAAGUCAGUGCCGAGGGUUGUGAUACUGAGCCUUUGAUUACAUCAAGAAGUGUUUUUAGUGGAAGGAUCUACUGAACUGGUCUUUAAUAUGGGGGAAGAUACACAGGCAACCGUUGAGCCAACUGCAAACAAGACUUGUUCUCUUGAAAAGCCAUCAGAUGCUAUGGCUGGAAAAAAGGAGGAGGAGAAUGCUGGAGGUAAGAAAACACAAGAACUUUCGAAAGAGGAGGAUAUGGCUGAACCUGAGAAAAUGGAGAUAGAUGCUGAGACAAAGAAAGAUGAUGAAAAAUCUGGGACGGAAGAUAAAGAGUCAGAGGGUAAGAGAAAUGAAGACAACGCUGAGACUGAAAAAGUGGACGAAGAUGUUAAGGUCACAAAUGAUGCGGGACAAGUAGGGGCUACCAACAUGGACGAAGUUGCUGAUGGAAAGAAAGAGCAAACUGAUGAUGGUGUUUCAGUGGCAGAUACUGUAAUGAAGAAUGUGGAACCUAAAGACAAUAACAAUGCCAAAUAUGGUGAAAAGCAAGACAUCAAAGAGACGAGUAGUACUGAAGCAGACCAUAAGAAAGCUGGGAAAGAAUCAGAGGGGGACAUAAAACAUGAAAGUGAAAAGGCAAAUGGAACGAAAGUUGGGAAUACAGGAGACAUCAAAGAGGAAGAGAAACUGGUAGGUGAAGACAAAGUGACAGAAAAUGUUGAAAAAGUGGAGAAUGAGGAGGAGUUGGUUGGAGCAGGGAAAGAAAAGGAAGAAAAGAAAAAAGAGGAAGUUGAGGCGGCAAUGCCUCAGGUGGAUGAGGCAAAGGUUGAAGAUGAAAAACAAGGGGGUGAGGAUGAGAACGAGAAUGAAAAAGUGGAGAGCAAACAUGAGAAGGAAGAUGAGAAAGAGGAGAGAAAUGAUGAUAAGGAAGAAAAAGCUGAGAGUGGUGAUGAUAAUAAAGAUGAAAAAGAAGAGAGCAAGGGUUCUAAAAAGCGUGGGAAAGGAAAGAGUUCUGCAGAAAAGGCUCGCGAGAAGACAAAAAAAGAGGAAGAAAAAAAAGAUGCAGAGCCUAGGACUCCUUUUUCCGAUCGACCUGUGCGUGAGCGGAAAUCUGUUGAAAGGCUUGUUGCAUUGAUUGAUAGAGAUUCCUCGAAAGAAUUCCGUAUUGAAAAGGGGCAAGGUGCAUAUCUCAAAGAUAUUCCCAAUGUUGCUAACAAGGUAUCAAGGAAGAAGUCUGAUGAAACUUUGAAGCUGCUGCACGGAAUUCUAUUUGGUGGGAGGAGAGGGAAGGCUGCCCAGAUCAAGACAAACAUAUUGGGGUUCUCUGGUUUCGUUUGGCAUGGAAAUGAGAAGAAGGCAAAAGAGAAAGUAAAAGAAAAGCUUGAAAAAUACGUCAAAGAAAAAUUGUUGGAGUUUUGUGAUGUGUUGGACAUACAUUUUACCAAGACUACAAUAAAGAAGGAGGAUAUUAUUACAAAACUGAUUGACUUUUUGGAGAAACCCCAUGCGACGGGCGACGUAUCUGUUUCUGAGAAAGAUAAGUCAAGUAAGGGAGCAAAACGCAAGAGAACUCCGAAGCAAAGUUCACCUGCAGCUGGGAGUUCAUCCUCCAAGCGAUCAGCAAAGAGCCAAAAAAAGUCUGAAGAAGCAACAAAGGAUGUCAAAAAGAGUUUAUCUCAUUCUGAUGAUGAAUCUGAAGAGGAGAAAGAGGAAGAAGAAGAACAAGAAAAGCAAGAGAAAGAGGAGAAGGCAGCAGAGGAUGAAGAGAAUAAAGAGGGGGAGAAGGAAAAUGGCAUUCCUGAUAAAUCUGAGGAUGAGGCACCUCAACCUUCUGAAAGCGAGGAGAAAGAUGAAUCUGAGGAGCAUUCUGAAGAAGAAACUGCAAAGAAGAAACGUGGUUCUAGAUUGUCAGCUGGAAAGAAAGAAUCAGCAGGCAGAGCUAGAAACAAGAAAGUGGCUGUCGCUGCAAAAAUCAGCCCACCAGAGAAAGUUACACAGAAGCGAUCAUCAGCAAAACGAAAGAAGACUGAUGAUGAUAGUGAUACAAGUCCAAAGCCGUCCUCUAAGAGGAAGAAGUCUGAGAAACUUACCAAGGCCUCCCCUGCUCCUUCAAAGUCUGCAUCAAAAGAGAAGCCAGUAAAAAGGGCUGGAAAAGGGAAAGACAAGCCUAGCGAUAAAGUGCUCAAAAAUGCAAUUGUAGAGAUCUUGAAAAGAGUGGACUUUAGUACAGCUACGUUCACAGACAUCCUCAAAGAACUUGCUAAGGAGUUCAAAGAAGAUCUCACCCCAAGAAAGUCAUCUAUAAAGCUGAUUAUCCAAGAGGAGCUCACCAAAUUAGCAGAAGAGGCUGAGGAAGAGGAGGAAGAUGAGGAGGAGGAGAAGAAAGAAGAGGAUGCAGCGAAGAAGAAAGUGGGAGGGUCUGGUGGUGGUGAGGAGGGGAAAGACUAAACUCAUGUCUGAUCACAUCGCACAUAUUGAUCUCUUCUCGCACAUAGUAGUCAUCUGGCAAAUGUGUAAGUUAAAUCUGUGGAUGUAAUCUUUUGUUGUUGGAGUCUGAACUGCGCAAAGCAGCUUUACUUUUGGUAGAGACAAGAGGAAGAAGCUGCAUAGCCAAAGGAUAGGUUGCUUGUAUGUCUAUAGCAUUUAACAUAAAAGCCUCCUUGGAUUGUCUUUUGAUUUGUGAGGCUCUCUUUUGAAGACAUUGUUAAGGUUAUCUUUAGUUUCUGUCUUCUGGUUUGAAGGAGGUUAAUGGUAAUAAAUGAAUAAUAUGAUUCUCUUGAUA